UCCAAUGAGCAGCCGAGGAUCAGCGGCGGCUCGCUCCUGUGGGCGGUGCUGAGCUCCAGGAGGAGCCCGUCACCAAUGAGGACCGGGGAUCUCAAGCGGCGUCACCGUUUCACAGCCGGUCCCACGCUUUAAGAGCCGAGCCGAGCUUCUAGUCCUCACACUUUUCUACUUUGUUUAGAGAGACAAGGAGUAAAAUGGCAAGAACUAAGCAGACCGCCCGUAAAUCUACCGGAGGCAAAGCCCCCAGAAAGCAGCUGGCCACCAAGGCUGCCCGUAAAAGCGCCCCGGCCACCGGCGGCGUCAAGAAGCCUCACCGUUACAGGCCCGGUACCGUGGCUCUGAGAGAGAUCCGUCGCUACCAGAAAUCCACCGAGCUGCUGAUCCGCAAGCUGCCCUUCCAGCGCCUGGUCCGAGAAAUCGCUCAGGACUUCAAGACCGACCUGCGCUUCCAGAGCUCCGCUGUCAUGGCUCUGCAGGAGGCCAGCGAGGCUUACCUGGUCGGUCUGUUCGAGGACACCAACCUGUGCGCCAUCCACGCCAAGAGGGUCACCAUCAUGCCCAAAGACAUCCAGCUGGCCCGCCGCAUCCGUGGAGAGAGAGCUUAAAGUUUACUCCUCCUCUAACACCAACAACAUCAACAACGGCUCUUUUAAGAGCCACUUCACGCUGAACCAAAGAGCCAAGUCCUCUGCUGCUGUUGCACUUCAUAAUCAACUGUUUUGCGUAAAGUAUCAAUAGUUCAAAGACACAUAGGAUGGAAAUCUGUAGAUUUCAGAUGGACAGCAUAGUCAACAAAACUCUCUUAAAAUGUAACCAAACACUUUCAUGUGAUAAUUUGACACAAACAAGAAACGUUAUGGGAAUUGCAUUGGUAUUCCUUUACUAGAGCUGUGUAAUUUAUUU